UUUACUUUUAAUAAUUUUGCAUGUUUGACCUCCAAACAAAUUUGAAAGUGACCUUAAAGAAGAUUCAUGCCCAGUCAUUGUGUGAAAGAAAAUUACUUUUCAAUCUACAGAUGUCUAGUCUAACUAUCAAAAAUACAGGUGCUCGGCAGACAGGAUACAAUUUAUGUUUCCCCCAAGUCCUUUAUGUAGAGAAUCACAAAGUGACGAUCAGCCAUAAAGGAUUGAAGGUACAUCAAAGUGGGUUUCCAGGGGAAUGAUAAAUAAUACAAUAAUACACUGGAAUAAACUCUUUUCAUGGUCAGCCAGCUUGAAUGAAAUGAAAGAGAGGUUAGUUUUUUGGGGGGAAACUGAGAUGAAACAUAUAGCAACGAAAUAAAAAUUCAACACACAUUCAUGCCACUUUACGUUAAGAAUAAUUCGAAAUUCGUAAUGUUAUAUCUGAACGUUUAAGCCACAUUUAAUAAAUAAUAAACAAACAAAAACCAAUAAAUGAAACCGGGGCUUGAAGCCUAAAGUAGUCUGGCACCACCCAUAACAGAUUAAAUUAAGACGGAUUCGGGGAUUUUAAGAUCCAAAAUCGCUUCCCCGUGAUAUACCGUACAAUGUAUAAGGUCUAUUCCCCGAUACAGUAUAAUAUAUAUGUCCUAACAGUACUACUACUAUGAGGCGAUUAAAACUGUUUCAAGUAUGGAUUCCUAGAGCUUCUACUUUGUAUUCGGCCACAUAUAUAGAGUACCGAAGUGUGACAUCAUUUUGUACCAGGAAGUGCACAGUGUAUACGCGCGUGCCGGUUCACUAGCUGGUUCACCCCUAAAUAGCUGUUGCAUACAACUGUGUGCGUGACGUAUUCACUUCAGUAGUCUAAAGUGCAAAACACUGGAAAUACCUAAACACAGGUAGAAAAAUCACAUCAUUCCAUUGUCAUAUCAUAAGAACAAACGCUUGAUUGAACAUGGCAAAAUUAACCCCGUUUAUGUGAGUAAUUAAAAGAAACUUCGUUUUUUCGGUUUCAUGAACAAAUUAAUUUGUAAUUUUAAGAUAUAUAUCUAUGGACCUCAAUUACACAGUGGGCGGUACCCCUUGACACGAAGAUACCAAAGUUCACUUAGCCUAAAUAUACAAGAAAAUAUAAGUGUAGCAAGGAGGAACCAGAUUCAUAUCUCUACAGUUUCCACGACACACUGAAGCCCUUCUGUGCACGUUAUUUAUGUGUCAUCGGCAAUCAGUUAAUCAUUAACAAAAUACCAUACAAAAUAAAAAUGCAGUCUGUGACAACUAAGUUUGGAUUGAUUUCCUCUGCUAUGUAUUACUAAAAAAUGGCAGCCACUGCAAAGGUUUUACCACUUUUAGCCAUAAUGUUCACUUCAUGCUCUUUCAAAAUAGUCUUUUGCCAGAUUGUUAAUCCAGUUGUCAACACAACAGUGGGGAGGAUAAUGGGCACCAGUUACAGUGGGCCCAAUGACACCGUUAGCUUGACAAUGUACAAGGGAAUACCGUAUGCUGAGCCUCCAGUCGGUCCCCUGCGAUUCAGCAAACCUAAACCGAAAGAACCAUGGCAGGGUGUGCUCAACGCAUCGCAGUAUGGACCCAUCUGCCCGCAGCCUCUCAGAAAGUAUAGCGAAAAUCUAACUCAAAGUGAAGACUGUCUGACUCUCAAUCUCUUUGUUCCUGCGGUCAAUUUGUCCAGUGAGGCCGGCCCAUUCGCAGUCAUGGUUUGGAUCCAUGGUGGUGGCUUCCAGUUUGGAACUGGGUCACUCACUGACGGGGCUGUUCUCGCCGUUCGAGGGCGUGUCAUCGUGGUGACUUUCAACUACCGUCUUGGAGUACUGGGAUUUCUCAGCACAGGUGAUGAUUCUGCUCCAGGAAAUUACGGACUCUGGGAUCAACGACUGGCAAUCCAGUGGGUCAAGGAACAUAUCGGCAACUUCAGUGGCGAUACAGAGAAUAUAACCAUUUUCGGUGAGUCUGCAGGUGCAAUUAGCGUUGCUCUGCAGACAGUAACACCAAUAAAUGACAGACACCUCUUUCAAAGAGCGAUUCUGGAGAGUGGGACAGCCAACAACUUAUUUACACUUUCUCCAGACGUUGCGACAUCACGAUCAAGACGUCUUGGAGAUAUGUUGCGAUGUGAAGCAGCUGAUCAGACUCAGCUUCUAAUAAAGUGCCUACGUUCUGUCUCAAUGGAAGAAAUAAUUGGAGUUUUUUUCGAUCUAAAAAUAUUCGAGUUUUCGCCAUUUUAUCCUACGAUUGAUGGUGAGUUCCUGACAGACCUUGUACCUUAUCUCCUUGCAACAGGCAUUUCUGCUCAGUAUGACUACAUAGUUGGGAUUAACAGUGAUGAAGGAACAUUGUUUUUGUCACUUGGAGACUUUCCUGAGCUACUAGAUCCUUAUGAAAUGUCAUCCCUGAUAGGAAAGUUCGUGGGGUCGAUCUGCGAGUGCAACAAUCAGGGGGAACUAGCAGAAACGGCCACUUUCUUCUAUACUGCCGGCACUGACCCGACUGAUCAUAGAAGAAAUCUGGGCAUAGUUCUCGAUGUAGCCCGAGACGCGCUCUUCCUUGCGCCUGCCAACCAGGUCUCACGCAAUCACCACCAAUCAUCAAACACAUUCAACCAGUCCACCAACACCUUCACAUAUUACUUCACUUAUCUGUCUGAGGUUGAAAACAACCCUUUCCCUCCUGGGUUGAUAGACGGUGCUGGACACGCUUGGGAGAUCGACUUUGUAUUUGGGAAGUAUUUGGUGACAGAUCCAGGAAGUCUGUCGGCUUCGCUGAGUGAAUCAGUGAUCAAAUAUUGGUCAAACUUUGCCAAGAGUGGGGAUCCAAAUGGAGAUGGUCUACCUAUGUGGCCGGAGUUUAAUACAGAAAAUGAGACAUACAUCAUCUUGGAGCCAAACAUCACUACUGGGCAGUAUCUGAAAGCGGACAAGGUGGCAUUCUGGAACGACUACCUGCCCGCAAAUGUCAUACCCUCAGAUCCAAAUUCCUGCUCAUUCAAGGCCCCAGAAAAAGGAGGUACUGUCGACAAAAGUGAGACUAAGACGGUGGAGAUUAAAAAUGGAGACUAUACAUUAGGGUAUGUGGUUGGUUCCCUGAAAGUCGCUGACAAAGCCAUGGGAGGGCAAGAGAUUGCUCAGUUCUUAGGCAUUCCUUACGCAAAGCCCCCUGUUGGUGAUUUACGAUUCAAACCACCUAGAGACACAGGGUCUUGGGGCGAUGAACCGCUUGGUAUCCCUGAGAAACUACCUCCUGCUUGUCCUCAAGAUGUCGCAGGAGAUCCUUGGAUGGUUCGCUUGGGUUUCAACCAAACAAGUGAAAAUUGUCUGACUUUAAACAUCUACGCUCCCACAACAAGCAAAGAUCUACCGGUGGUUGUUUUCGUCCAUCCCGGUUUUGGAAUCGGAGGUACGUCUUCCAUCUAUGACGCCAUUCUUCUCUCUUCAAAGAUAAAAGCAAUCGUGGUGGUUAUCAACUACCGUCUAGGUGCUCUUGGAUUUCUGACCACCGGAGACAAGGUAGCUCCCGGUAAUUACGGACUGCACGAUGUAUUGGCUGCUCUGCAGUGGGUCAACAGGUAUAUUGGAAGCUUUGGAGGGAACAAGCAACGCAUCACCGUGAUCGGUUACGGUACUGGAGCAGAACUUUGUCAUUUUCUGGUUCUAUCUGAGAGGGCAAAGGGUUUGUUCCAGCGAGUGGUGCUGAUGAGUUCUACUGCUAUCUCUUUUCCUGUUGACAAUCAGAUCCAGCCCAAUGCUAUUCAAAAGACAAAAGCCCUUGCUGAGGCCUUGGACUGUCCCACAAGCAACAAUGAAAAAAUGAUCAAUUGUCUCCGUGAGAAGCCAUCUACAGAGUUUGUUCUUCAUACUCAGAAUCCCCAAUUCGGUCGUGCUUUUCCGGUAGUCGUGGACAACGACAUUCUACAAGAUUCACCAAUGAAUUUGCUGAAAGCCGGUAAAGUCAACGACGUCGACCUCAUCGUGGGAAUGACUUCAGAUGAAGAUGCUCAACAGUCGUUCCGUUUCCUGCCCUCCAAUUUAAGCUACUGCCCAACAACUGAUGAAAUCAAGCUAAUCAUACAGCAGGUCAGCUUGCUUUCGUUUUACAACCCUGAGACGGUGUCCGUUGCACUUGCUACAGAGUAUCUCGGUAAGGGUGGAUUUGAUGAUAUCUGCCAGACAAGGGGAAGUUUCAGACAAUUCAUGCAGGAUUACCUGUCGGUGUGGAGUACGUUAGAGACAGCUAAACUCCAUGCUAACACCGGACACUCUGUCUAUGUCUACUCCUAUGACUAUGAGCCCCUAAAACACUACAACAGUCUCUUGCCUGAACAAGCCGGACCAUCGUACGCUGAUGAUCUGCAGUUCCUGUUUGGAGACCCUUACAGCUCCCUUGCAGAUGAACUCCAGCUUUCCUACCGGCUUCGAGAUAAACAGAUGAGCCUGGAAGUAAUGAUAUUGUUUAAAAACUUCAUUCACGAUGGGUAUCCUGGAAAAUCCCUUUCUGGAGUCGAGUGGUCUGUUUUCGACUCAGACAGCCUCAAGUUUCUGACCCUUGACCCUUGUCCUGACAUCCAUUCUGGUCUUGACAACGACUGGGACCACACCCUGCGAUUCUGGACCGACUUGAUGCCGAUUGUGACCGUGCCUCCAAAGCCAACAACUCCUGUCGUGACUGCCGCUCCUGAGCCUUGUGUGGUUGGGGAGAACAUCGGUCUCAAUCUCUCCAUAGAUGAAGCGUCUACUCUAAUCCAAGCCCUGAUUGGCCUGAGCGUAGGCCUUCUUUGUAUAAUCCUGUUCUUCGUGGGUGGCUGUGUAGCAUACAGAGCUCGAGCUGUCAAAUUAGAGUCAGCUUUUGCGGGGGGAGGCGGGAUCCAAAAUGUCAAGGGUACUUAUGCCAUGGGGGAGAAAGGCACAAAAAUGGGUACUGAUAAUUUUGUUGCCACAGAAAACUACUCUGACUCAUUAAACGAAGACACCAAAGACCAGUAUCACGAAGAGAUGGAUGAUUCAAGUUUUGAGAGCUUUUAAAGAAAUAACACAAAUAUUGGAGUCUAAAAAGUCAGAAGAAAAAGUCAAAACAAUUCCAAAUUAAUUACACAGGGCAAUAGGUCAAGUCUGAACAAAUUUACAACACUUUGUUCAGUCAUUUGUGUUUCUUUGAUUGAUCAUCAAUUGUUACACAAAACAGUCAUGUCAGCACUACAAAAAUCUAAUGAAAUGUAAUUUGAAAUCAUUUAAGACAUUUACACAUGUACUGCGUUCUUUUCUCUGAUCAAAGUCAUCAUUAUGAUGUGUACAGUUAUCGUCGUUAUUUCAUAUCAGAUUGUUCCUCAAAUUUCGCAGGUACUCUAUCCAGCUAUUAAACGAUAACGAUAUUGUUACUAAUGUGUGGUAGUAUGGCUUGUUUAUAAAUUUACCUAGUUUGGUGGGAAAGUAGGGACGUAGGUUUGCGCUUAAUACUCUUCCAAGUAAUGAGUUAUACCGGGGAACUGUAUUUAUGAAUCCCAAUCCUCUUACACCAGUCCAGUCUUUAUGUGGUAUAUUAAAACAUAAUGUUUGUUAUGUGCUUAGCGCAAAGUUAAAUAAAACGUUGAAAUGUAAGGAA